UCAGUCGGCUACAAACUAUACAAGACAUAAGUUCAACUUUGGCAACAUUAAAGUAAAUCAGAAUAUUAAUCUCUUAAAGAUUUUAACACGUGCGAACAUUCCCUUUCUGCGACUGUUGAGUAUAUAAUCAAAUAACUAAUCAUCGAAGAUAGAAAACCAGUCUUUUCCCAAAAGAGCCAGUGGUAUAAGUAAUUUAGGAAUUUUAAAACUUACAGAGGAGUUAUUAGUGGACAGUUUAGUAAUGCCUAAUACAAAUAUUGCAUAGAGUUUUUCGCUGUGUAUCAUCAAGACUGGAAUGAUUAAACAAAUUAUGUGGAACUUGGCUAUAAAAUAUUGCCUUCCAAUUUAGUUGAUCGUAGUCUCUUGAAGUCUUCACAUACAUCUGAAAAGACAUUCUCAGUUUCGCGAAUAUGUGUAAAGUCUCUGAAAUAAAGUGUGGAGAUAAAAAUGCAGAUAUUAGACCGAUAGAACAACAGGAAGAUGCAAAACUUCAAUUUUGGAAAAAACGUCGUUAUCAUGUCGUCUGUAUGGUUUUCUUUGGAUUGUUCAAUUUAAUAAAUCUGCGAAUGAACCUCAGUGUUGUGAUUGUGGCAAUGACACAGAAGGUGAACAUGACUAUCGAUGAUGGAACAAUUGUUGAAAAGCAAGAUUUUGAUUGGGAUUCGAAAACACAGGGCCUCAUACUAAGUUCCUUCUUCUACGGCUACAUCACAACGCAAUUUUUGGGAGGAUUCUUGGCUGCCCAAUUCGGAGGACAUUUGACGUUUGGAACAGGCCUUGCAGUUACUUCAGUCCUGGCUAUUUUUACGCCUAUUGCUGCUAAAACGCACUUGGGUCUAUUUCUCGCUGCCAGAAUUCUCCAAGGCUUAUUUGGAGGUGCCACUUUUCCAUCUAUAAUAGCAAUCCUAGGCAAAUGGACUCCUGUCUAUGAGAGAUCCUUCUUGGCCAGCAUCGCUUACAUGGGAAAUUAUGCAGGAACAAUUGGUGCAAUGCUCCUUUCAGGCGUCGUAAGUGUGGCUCUAGGUUGGGAAAGCGUCUUUUAUAUUUUUGGUUCUCUGGGAUGUGUAUGCUACAUUUGUUUUAUCUUCAUUGUGAGAGCUAAUCCCCAAGUUGAUCCUUUUAUAACGGAAGCCGAACAAAAGUAUAUUUUGUCAAGUCUUGGCGAUCAGUCUAAAGACAAAAAUAUCAAACAUCCCUGGAAAGACAUCCUAACAUCAACAGCGGUUUGGGCAAUUACAGUAGGAUGUAUUACAGCAAUGUGGGGUUCAUUCACAUUUCAAACUCAAUUACCGAAAUUUUUAAGCGAUACAUAUGAACAAAAUUUGGAUGUAACGGGUAUAAUUGCUGCAGUGCCCUAUAUUCUAGUUGUCGGUAUGCUUUUGCUAUCCGGCUACCUGGCAGAUUGGGUUCGUGUUAAGGGAUACCUAACAACUGGUCAAGUUCGUCGAUAUUUUACGUGUUUUGCCUACCUCGCCCAGAUGAUUUUCCUGCUACUCAUUAUUUACACAAUUGAUCCUAUUUGGAAUACAGUCUUCAUUUGCUUAGCUGUUGGAUUUGGUGCUUUUCCUUGGAGUGGAUAUGCUAUCAAUUCCUUGGAUUUGGCACCAAGUCAUGCAUCGGUGAUAAAAGGUUUAGCUACAACAAUUGGAACUUUCUCCGGAAUUAUCAGUCCCAUCGUCGCAGGAUACAUUGUUACUGAUAAAAGUCGGGAACAGUGGGAACUAGUGUUUUACAUUUCAGCUGGUGUUUAUUUCAUUGGUUCUCUUUUCUGUUGGAUUUUUAUAAGAGGAAACAUUCAACCUUGGGCUAAAAUUGAUCUUGAAAAGUUAGAAACUAAGAAGGCCCAAGAUGAACCUGAGAAAUAUAUUACAAAAUUGUAAAAUCUUAGAAUAAAAGAUUUGUAAAAAAAUUUA